AUGGCAAAUAAAAUAUUAGAUCCAAUCUUUAAAUUAUACGAUCCGAUUCGUUAUUCAUUUAACAUGAAAAAAGAGGAUUAUAUUAUCAUGGAAGCUGGUUCAAAUCCGAUAGAAACAAUUAAACAUCCUGGGGAAUUCGACACAAUGUUGAAAACAGUUUUAUAUCCCAAAGAUUUCAAUUCAGUCUCAGGUUGGAUACCCGAUGAUGGCGAUGGAAGUGUUUUAAAAGAACCGGUAAGAAAUCUUGCAAAUGAUGCUGAUUUAGCUAGAGUGAGAGUUUUUGCUCGAAACACAAUAGCAAAAGUAGCACGAGCAGCUAAUCAUGGAUUCGAAAAACGAGUACUUCAGUAUAAUAAUGUUGUUGAGAAUAAUAGUUGGGGUAAUUACGUAAAUUGGAAAUUAUAUCCUUUAUUCGGUCUGUUGGAACAUAGAAAAGUUUCCAUAUAA